AUGUUAAAUUCAAAUAAUGAGGCGCUUCUCAAACAGGUCAACAAAAAUCAAACUCUCCUCAUCCAAAAACUAUAAGAUGAUAUUCAACUUCUCAAUGAAGAAAUCGAAACUUCUAAUCAAUAGAUUGACACUCUUAAAUCUGAACAUAAUCUAAUAUUAUCAUAACAAUAAUCCAUUAUUGAAAAUCUUACAAUUGAAUGCUAGAACUAUUAAUAAUAAAAUAUGGAACUUUAAUCCAAGUUCACUUAAUCUGUUUUACAAAAUUAAUUGCUAUAAUCCAAAUAUGAUAAAAAGAACAAAUAAUAUAAAGAUUAAAUAAUUGAACUUAAACAAUAAAUCAAAUUGAUACAUCUCAAAAAUUAAGAUUAUUAAAGAGAAAUUCUAGACCUUCGUAAAUCCCUAGAUAUCAAAAAAAUUGAAUUCUCUAAACUAAUAGACAACUCCUCCUUAUUAAACGAAUAAAAUAAAUAGCUAAAAGCUAAUUUGGAUCUUUAAUAAGUUGACUAUGAAAAUAAAAUAGAACAAUUUCAAAAUUUAAUUCAAGAUAAGGAUGAAGAGAUAACUCUAAUCAUAAAUGAAAACAGUAUAUUAAAUAAAACCAAUCUAGAAUUAAUGGAAAAAAAUGUCAGUCUUUCUGAAAGUCUUCAUUCCUAAAUAGACAUUCUAUAAAAAGAUAAUCAAAACUUAUAAAUUCAAUUAUCUGAUCUCUAAAACCAUAACAGUGUACUUAAAUAAUAAUUGUAAUAAUAAUCUUCAGAAAUAUAAAUCAUAUCAUCUUCAAUAUAAUUAUAAUCAGCUGCCUAAACUUAAUAACUACUUGUAUAAUAAAGAAGUUAAGAAUUAUUCAAUCGUAACAAUUAAUAAGAAAUGAUUUUAUUAUAAAAUUAGACUGACAUUCACUCUCUUCAAUAAAUUAUAUAAGUCUAAAAUGUAUAAUUAAAUCAAUCAUAAUCAUUUAAAAGUGAUCUACUAUAAUAAUAAGAAAUAUAAAAUAUUGAGAAAGACAAUUAAAAUUAGAUUAAUACUUUAAAAUAAUAAAUAUCUAAACUUACAAUUGAAUUAAAAGAAUCUGAAUUAAAGAAUGUUUAAGUUAAAUAAAUAUAAGAAAGUACUAUAUCAAAAUUAAAUCAUGAUAUAAGAUUAUUGGAAUAAAAAAAUGAAGAUUUAGUUUUACAUAAUAAUAAACUUAUUAAUGAAAUCAAAUAAAAUGAAUUAAUUCAAUAAAAAGAAUCAACUAUUAUUUGUUAAAAAAUAUCAGAAUUUGAAAUUUAAUUAUUAGAAUCACAUCAUUAAAUUGAAGAUUUAAAAUAAGAAAAAUAAAAACAAGAACUUGUUGUUGAAAUGUUAAAUCAUUAAUUAUAAAUAUCUAAAUAACUUUAAUCUAAAUUAGAAGAAGAUAUAACUAAAUAUCAAAACUUUUUAAUUUCACAUGAUAAAUAAUUGGAAGCUGUCACUUCAAAUGAAAGUUCUGACUCUAGUGAUUCAAGUGAAGAUAUAAUUACAGAAAAACAAUAAUAAUUAAAUUUUGAUGCACUUUGUACUAAAUUAACAGAAUAAAUUAGACUCAUCUAACUUAGAUUAGAAAUUUAUGAAAAAUAAAUUAAACAAUACAAACAAGAACUUCAUUCCAAAACUAUUGAAAUACAAAAACUAUUUAGUGAAAACUCUGAAUCUAAUCUUAAAGUAUAAAGAUUAUCUUAAAUGCAACCUAAAUUAGAAUAUUAAUUAGAAAAUCAAGAAGUAUCUCUAAAAUAAAAAGAUAUAACUAUUGAAAAUCUUACAUUAUAAAUUACAAAAUAAUAAGUAUAACUUCAUUAAAAUGAAAACUAAAUAAAAUAAUUGGAAAUAGAUAAAGAAUUAUUGAAUCAAAAGAUUCUCUCAUUAGAUGUUGAACUUUCAAAUUUAUAAAAUCAAAUUUAAAUUGAAUAUGCUAUCAAAAAUGAUUUAUAGAAUAAUUUAUAAUCUAUUAAAGAAGAACAAAUGCAAAAUAUUGAAUUAAGGAAUUCUCAAGAAAUAUCAAUUUCUAUUUUUAAUCAUAUAUUACCAAAUAUCAAUUAUUAAAUACUAUUAUUUAUAGAAGAAAAUACAACAAAAAUUAAAUCAUUAUUAUAAAAUAAGAUUGAUUGUCUAUAAAGUAAUCUCUAAAGAACUAUUAAUAAAUAUUAAAAAUUACAAGAAAAAAUAUAAAAGAAUUAUCAUAAUAUAUAGAAUUUAUAUGAAUCAUCAUAGUAGACUGUAAUAUAAUAGGAGAAUCUAUUUUAAAUUGAAAAUUAAAAAUAAUAAAUUUAAAUUUUAAAUUUGUAGGAAGAAAUAAAUUCAAAAAAUAUAAUUAUAAGUGAAUUAGAAGAUUAAAUAUAGAUUCUAUCAGUUUAAUUUAAGAAUAUAGAAUAAUAGAAUCAAGAUUAGCAACAUAUUAUCACUUAAUUAGAAGUAUAAGAUGAAAAAAAAAUUAAAAUAGAUGAUUAAUAAAAAGAAUUUAAUUAGACUAAAUUAGAAGAGUUAUAAAAAAGAGUUAUAAAUUAUGAAGUAGAUUUAGAUAAAGCAGUAUAAAAGAAUAUGUAAUUAGAUAUAUUAGUGAAAGAUUUAAAUAAUUAAGUCCAAUCUAAAUUAAAUACAAUUAAAGAACUUAACCAAGAGUUAGAUAAACUAAAAAAUAAUUAGACUGGAACAUCAUCAUUAGACUAAUUAAAAUUACAAUAGUAAUAAAAAUAGAUAUUUGAACUAAUUUCAACUAAUACAAAUUUAAAUCAAUAAAAUUUAGAUGCUUAGCUUAAAUUAAAAGAAAUAGAGGAUUUAAAUUAGAAUUUAUAAGAUAAAAUGAAUUAGUUAUCUAAAUAAGGAGUAAGUUAAAAAGAAACAAUUAACUAAUUACAACAAUAAAAUUAAAUGGAAGUCAAACAAAAUUUGACUUUGUUGUAACAAAUGGAUCCUCUAUAAAAAUAGAUUGAUUAUUUAACAAGAGAAAAUAGAAAAUUAUAAUAAUUAAAUAAUGAUUUUGAAAAAGUUUAUGGAAAAUUACCACCUUAUGGAAGUCCAAAGAAAAUUUAAAAUUGUGAUUAAAAUUAAAUUAAGAAAUUAGAAGAUGAAAUAUACUAAAUGCAAUAUAAAUUCUAAUAAGAAAUUUAGGAAAAGAAUAUAGAAAUAAAUAAUAUUUAAAAAUAAUAUGAAUAUCAAUUAGAAGAAAUUAGAGAUUAGGAUGAAAUAUAAAAACUAGAAGAAAAUUGUAUAAUAUUAAGUGAUUAAUUAAAAUAAUAAUAAGUAUUGAAUAAUGAACUAUUGCAUAAAAAUAGUUAGAUUGAAGUAGAAUGUUGUAAAUUAAAUGAAGAAUUAGAUAAACUAAUAAAAUAGUUGAAUAUUCAAAGUCAAAAUCAAAAUAUUUUAGAAUAGAAAGAGAAUGAAUUAAAUAAAUUGAAAAUACUUAACUAGUAAAUAUUAGAUGAAAAUUAAAAAUUAUAAAAUUUAGUUAUUAAUUUAUAAGAGGAGAAUAAAAAUAUCAAUUAAAAUAAUAGUAAUGAAACUUUAAAUAAAAUAUUAAAAGAUCCUAAAGAUCAAAUGAUAUAAGAUUAAUAGACAGUUAUUGAAUAAGGAUUUGCUGAAUAACAGAAAUAGAUUGAUUUAAAUAAGUUAGAUCAAUAAUAAAUGCUUUAGUUAUUUUAGAUGGAUAAUUAAGAAAUAAAAUAGAAAUAUGAAUAAAAUUUAAUUUUAAGUAAUGAAUUAAAAUAAUAAUUAAAUGAACAAUUUGAUUAAAUUUAAGAUAAAUAAAAAUUAAUAAUAUCUUUAGAGAAAGAAAUAAAAUAAUUAAAUUAUGUUAAUUAAACAUAUUUACAGUAAAUUACUGAAUUAAAGUAAAGUUUAAAAAAUAAGGAGUAAUAAUUUGAGGAUUAAAAUAACAAAAUUAAAGUUUUAACUUAAGAAAUAGAUUAAAAAGAAGAUUAAUAUAAAAAAUAAAUAAUGUAAUAUCAAAUGGAGAAUUAAUCAAAUAAAAGUAUUUUUGAUAAGAGAAUUAAGUAAUUAGAUGUUGAAAUGAAAUAAAAAAUAGAAGAAUUAAAUAAAAGAUAUUAAAUUUAACAAUAAGAUAAUUCAGAGUAUAAAAAUUUGAAUCAAAAUUUGGAAUAGAGAUAUACUUUAUUAGUUAAUGAGAAUUCAAAAUUAUUAGAGUAAGUCCGAGAGCAAAAGUUAGCUUUGGCUUAUUAAAGUGAAUAAAAUAGUUAGUUUAAUUAGAUGUAAUCUAAUUUAAUUAGAAUUGAAUCACAGAAUAAUAGUUUAAUUUAAAUAAAUUAACAAUUAGAAUUAUCUUUAUAAUAACAGUAACAGGUUAAUUCAUAAGUACUUUAGAAACAAGAAUAAUCAUUCUAGAUAUAAUUAGAUAAAUUGAAUCUACAAAUUUAAGAUCAAUAUAAUUAGGUUAAAUUGCUAUAAUAGAAAAAUGAAGAGUAUAAAUAAGAGAUUGAGAUGAUAAGAAAUGAUUAAAAGAAAUUAGAGAAUGAGAGAUAAAUAAAAGUAUUAAUGGAUUAGGUUAGUUAGGCAGAAGGUUUGAAUUUAUAGUAUUAGAAUGAGAUUUUGGAAAAGAAUAAUUUAAUUAAGAAACUAAUAUAAGAGAAGGAUAAAAAUAUUAAUAAUGAUAUGAUUGAAUAAUUAUAAAUAAAAAUAAAAAGUAAGUAGUUUAUAUUAUUUUGAUAGUGAAUGAGGAAUAAAUAGAAAGAUUACUUAUGACAAAUAGGGCAUUAAUGGAAGAGAAUACUAAUCUUUAAGAAUAAAUUAAGGAUGAUUUAAACUCUAGUUUUUGCAGCAAUGCUUCAUAAAAGUGA